AUGAAUGGUUUAGUAAAAGAUGAAAAUCAGAGAAGAGUUGGGAAGAAACAAAAUGGAAGUUCUUGGAAAUGUGCAUAUGGUUAUUCUCAGCAUAGGAGAUGUAAAAGUGCUUCCGAAAAAAUCGCUGCUCUAUCAAAAGGCGGAGACAGGCAAUCCAUAAAAAAGGAAUUGAAUGAACCGCCUGUGUUGCCACCUUCAACAAGGAGUUGUAAAGCAAGUCCGUUAAAUGAAUUCUCCAAAACUAUUAGCAAAGAGGAAGUUCCAGAACACAGAGCCUCCUUGGAAAAAGAUAUCGAACAGUUACAAAUGCGUUUGCAGCAAGAAAAAUCAAUGCGUAUGGUACUUGAGAGGGCAAUGGGAAGAGCUUCUAGCACGUUGUCUCCUGGACAUAGGCAUUUUGCUGCUCAGACAAAAGAGUUGAUAGCUGAAAUUGAAUUACUUGAAGAAGAAGUUGCAAACCGCGAGCAGCAGGUCCUUUCUUUGUACAGGAGUGUUUUUGAAGAAUGCAUUAGCCGGCCUUCUUCUGAGCAAAGUUCGGUCAUGACUUCUCCAGCACAUAAUAAAGCUGAGUCAAGAAAACAUCCAAGUAUAAUAUCAAGUGCCUUUUGCUCAUCCAAAAAAUUCCCUUUGCGGACAUUCCAAGCUCUUGCUGCCAUAAAUGACUUGGGAAAAAGAAACUUGUUGCAGUCGAAAUCAACACAUGCUUCAUUUUAUAACAGCAAAGCUAAUGUACACAUUCAGAAAAGUAGUUCAGAGCAUACUAAAGAGCAAGGGCAGGUAACAUCAACGGAGAAAUCUCCUCUGGCACGAACUCUUAAAGAUCAUCUCUACCAGUGUCCCAGUAAAUUGUCUGAGGAAAUGGUAAGGUGCAUGGCUGCAAUAUACUGUUGGCUCCGGAUUACAGAAUCGACAAGUACUGAACAAAAGCGGUCACCUUUGUCAUCAAGGUCAUCUACUAAUGUCAUAAUUCCACAGCAUGAUAUUAAAGAGGAAAGAGAUUGGUUUUGCAAAUCAACAAUUGAAAUAUCUUGGAUUGCGACAGACAAGAAUAACGUCUCUCGUGCAUCUUACGCCAUCAGUAACUACAGAGUUUUGGUGGAGCAACUGGAAAGAGUGAAUCUCAGUCAGAUGGAAACCAAUAACAAAAUGGCAUUUUGGAUCAACUUGUACAAUUCCUUAGUUAUGCAUGCAUAUUUGGCAUAUGGUAUACCACAAAACUCUCUUAGAAGGUUGGCGCUGUUACACAAGGCUGCUUACAAUGUUGGUGGACAGGUCAUAAGUGCAAAUGCCAUCGAACAGUCAAUUUUUGGCUUGCGUACACCACGGAUAGGACGGUGGUUGGAGACCAUUCUGUCAACUGCAUUAUGGAAAAGAUCAGGAGAAGAAAGGCAACUCAUCAGUUCAAAAUUUUCCCUCCAACAGUUCCAGCCCCUUGUUUGCUUUGCUCUUUGUACUGGCGCUGUGUCCGAUCCCAUGCUGAAAGUGUACACUGCCUCGAACAUUCAAGAGGAGCUAGAAGCAGCAAAGAAAGAGUUUCUACAGGCUAAUAUCAUAGUAAAGAAGUCGAAAAGAGUAUCUUUGCCUAAGGUGCUUGAAAAAUACGCGAAGGAAGCUAGUAUUCCAUCCGAUGAUCUUCUUGGUUGGGUCAUGGAAAACGUUGAAAAGAAGCUUCGUGAUUCCAUACAGAAAUGUAUUGACAGAAGAACUAAUAAAAAGACGUCUCAGAUAAUCGACUGGCUACCUUACUCUUCAAGAUUCCAAUAUGUAAUUUCGAAAGAUUUUACAGAGAAGCCAUGGUGGGCAUAGUAGUCCUGAAUGAUGUAAAGGGUGAGCUAGAUUGGCUUAACUAAUUUUCAAGGAAAUGGUUGUUCAUUCCUUCAAUUUGUAGAAUUCUGAGUUGAUCUGUUAUUAAGUGAAUGUAUAUUGACUUCAAUUUACUUAGGUGUCCAACUUUUAUUUUGUGAAGUACAAAGUUAUGUGUAAAUAUUAGGUGAACUGAUACACCUUAUGCUACUGCUACUGCAUUGUUCUGUCUAGUU